CAAAGCUAUGUAUUACAUAUCGUGUAUUAUCAAAGAAACAUCGUUAGAUCAAUGCUCUAUAAAAAGAUCGAGCAGAGGACGUAAGCUCCUUUUCUCGUUCGCGGUAAAUGUCAAAUCGCGAGCGGCCAUUUUCCUUUCGGAUCGUUGAUCGCCUCGCGUUCCAUGGGCACAUAUCACACACACACGUGCGCGCGCACAUAUAUUUUGUGUGCAAGAACUUUAUGGCGUCACACAGCUGACGUGUAUACAUGCACACCACCGCGUGAAGGUGGAAUGAUACGCAAGGAGCACGAGACGGGAUCACAGUGAUCAAAUCACCGCACGACACGCAGAACGGUCCUCAGAGGCGAGUCGAGUCUUGGUACGAACGACGACGUUCUCGCAUAACCUCGGCGUCGUCAUCGGCGAUCAAUCCGCCCCGAAUGCUCCACGGAGUCGCGAGUCACUGCUGAACGCCUGAAUCUGGCGAGUCGCCUUCUCAGUUAUCCCGAAAGGUGAGUACCGUACUCGUCCAGCACGCAUAUGAUUCGGGAAGUUGACGACGACUCGUUCGAGGUCUCCCUUGAGGACGCGUCCAACAGGCCCUUCUUUGCUCACAUUCGAGAAGAAAUGUCGUUGACGUUUCAGCAGAUUAUAUUGGAUGCCAAGAAAUUGGUCAUUCGAAUUUCGGACCAUGAGAAUACUGCAGAUACUUUGAUAAGCGAGGUAGAGGCUGUAUGUGGACAAAUUGAUAACAUGAAACAGUAUCAAGAGGAAGUAGAAAUUUUAAAUACAGAAGCAAAGCAAAGACCUCACUUGCAACUGAUCGCCGGAAUACAAAGGGAAAAUAAACAUUUGCGAGAAAUACAGGCAGAGAAUAAAGAGUUGAGAAAUGCAUUGGAAGAUCACCAGCAUGCGCUUGAGCUCAUAAUGUCCAAAUAUCGACAACAAACUGCCUCUUUAUUGCGUCUGAACAAAACUGAUUAUUCAUCGAUGCAUAAUUCGAAAUAUGCUAAUAUAAUAACCAGUCAAGCGGAAAAAAUUAAUGAAAUGGCAGCUGUAAUGAAAACUGCUGCUGCCUUAGAUGAAGAAAAUGAAUUGAAGGAGAAGGAGGCGUUUCAUUCUUUAAAAGAAGAGAACGCUACUCUCCGAGAAAUAGUAAAUAUUGCAAAUAAAUACGGUUCCUUAAACAAAGAAUGUUCUGUAGAAAGCAAAACCGUUCAAACAGAUCCGCCAAUAGAUUAAAGAAAUUUGCUCCUAGUAUUUUCGAUCCUUUUUAUAAAAAGUUGACCAGUAUUUAUUUCACACGUAAACUCAUGACAUUAUAUUACUACUAGAUAGAAUCUAUUACAUAUAAGUAAAAAGUGUAUGUGCAAGAGUUGUAGUAUGCGAAUUAAAUAUUUGUAAAAUAAAUUGUAUUGUAAGCCGU